CCGAUUUGCCUCGCGGAAAGAGCCAUUUUCCCUCUUGUUUCACUGUUUAUCACCAUCUCCCGCUCACUCUCUGUCUCUCUCCCGCCGGGAGGUCGCCGGAGUUUUCCGUUCCCCUCCGCCAUAGCGUUGGAGCUACUACGUUAUUGGUUUCAUCGAUAUUUAGCGAUUUUACCUGGCUGACCUUGAAGUUUGCCUGCUUAUAGACUAGGUAAGCCUCCUGCUUGUCUCUUUACAUGGCAGAUGUUCGAAAUGGUAAUGCACGGCCUCCUAAUGGAGCGCCUGCAGGAUCUGGAAGUGCCUAUUCCAUUGAUGUCGCUAGUUUUACCUUACGUUUGAAAUCCUUGUAUGCUCACUGGGCUGAGCACAAGGCAGACCUUUGGGGAUCUGCUGAUGCUCUUGCCAUAGCUACGCCUCCUGCCUCUGAUGAUCUGAGAUACCUGAAAUCGUCAGCGCUGAACAUUUGGCUUCUAGGGUAUGAAUUUCCCGACACAAUAAUGGUUUUCACUAUGAAGCAGAUCCAUUUCUUGUGUAGUAUGAAGAAGGCAUCUUUACUAGAAGUUGUGAAAAAGCCUGCUCGCAACGAAUUGGAUAUAGAUGUUUUUAUGCAUGUGAAACCUAAAGCUGAUGAUGGGACAGGGCAGAUGGAUGCUAUAUUUCAUGCUAUCCGAGGUCAGUCCAAGGCUGAUUCCCCUAUUGUAGGAUACAUAGCUCGUGAAGCCCCUGAAGGUAAUCUUCUGGAGACAUGGGCUGAUAAACUAAAAAAUGCUGACUUCCAGCUUGCAGAUAUCACCCCUGGGUUGUCUGAUCUCUUUGCUGUCAAAGAUGAAACUGAGAUCAUGAACGUGAAAAAGGCUGCUUACCUGACAUACAAUGUGAUGAACAAUGUUGUCAUUCCUAAGCUUGAGAAUGUUAUUGAUGACGAGAAAGAAGUCACUCACUCUUCCUUUAUGGAUUUGACUGAAAAAGCAAUACUAGAUCCGAUUAAAGCCAAGGUGAAGCUAAGAGCUGAGAAUGUUGAUAUAUGUUAUCCACCAAUAUUCCAGAGUGGAGGCGAGUUCGAUCUCAGACCAAGUGCUGCAAGCAAUGAUGAAUUGCUCUACUAUGAUUCAGCGAGUGUCAUAAUUUGUGCUGUUGGUGCUCGGUACAGUAGUUACUGCUCAAAUAUUGCCAGGACUUAUCUGAUAGAUGGACAUUCUCUGCAAAUCAAGGCUUAUGAGGUUCUUCUCAAAGCACACGAUGCUGCCAUUAGUGCAUUGAAGCCAGGAACAAAGGUCAAUUCGGCCUACCAAGCAGCCCUUGCCGUGGUUGAGAAGGAAGCUCCUGAGUUGGUUCCGAACCUUACAAAGUCUGCUGGGACUGGUAUUGGUCUUGAGUUCCGUGAGUCGGGACUAAAUAUUAAUGCAAAGAAUGAAAAGGUGUUGAAACCUAAAAUGGUAUUCAACGUUUGUCUUGGUUUCCAGAAUCUGCAGUGUGAGUCCGGUAACCGCAAGAACCAGAACUUCUCUCUCAUGUUGGCAGACACUGUUAUCGUGGGAGAAAAGGUUCCUGUUUUGACCUCUAAGUGCUCCAAAGCGUUAACAGAUGUGUCAUAUUCCUUCAAAGAGGACGAAGAAGAACAGAAACCGAAGAAAAAAUCUAAGGUCCUUGGUUCAGAGAACUUCAUAUCUAAGACAGCUCUUAGGUCAGAUAACCAGGAGGUAUCAAAAGAGGAGCUACGGAAACAGCACCAGGCCGAGCUUGCCCGCCAGAAGAACGAAGAAACUGCUCGAAGACUUGCUGGUGGUGGAAAUGGGGCUGGAGACAAUCGUGCUGCUUCUAAGAGUUCAACUGAUUUAAUCGCUUACAAGAAUGUUAACGACCUGCCGCCACCUAGAGAUUUUAUGAUCCAGGUUGAUCAGAAGAACGAGGCUGUGUUAUUACCCAUAUAUGGUUGCAUGGUCCCAUUCCAUGUGGCUACCAUAAGAACAGUUUCGAGCCAGCAAGAUACAAACCGCAACUGCUAUAUCCGUAUCAUCUUCAAUGUGCCGGGUACGCCUUUCAACUCCCAGGAUACAAACUUGUUGAAAAACCAGGGUGCCAUCUACCUCAAGGAGGUGUCAUUCCGGUCCAAGGAUCCGAGGCACAUCAGUGAAGUGGUUCAAUUGAUUAAGACCCUUAGACGGCAAGUCAUGGCCCGCGAGUCAGAACGAGCUGAACGGGCCACAUUGGUCACCCAGGAGAGACUCCAGCUUGCAGGCAACAAGUUCAAGCCUAUAAGGCUGUCUGAGCUCUGGAUCCGUCCUCCGUUUGGUGGUCGCAAGAAGAUUCCCGGAUCGUUGGAAGCUCAUGUGAAUGGUUUCAGGUAUUCCACCACUAGACCUGACGAGCGUGUGGACAUCAUGUUUGGGAACAUAAAACACGCAUUCUUCCAGCCGGCCGAGAAGGAGAUGAUCACUCUCUUACAUUUCCACUUGCACAAUCACAUCAUGGUUGGAACCAAGAAAACGAAGGAUGUUCAGUUUUACGUAGAGGUGAUGGAUGUUGUCCAGACGUUGGGAGGCGGGAAGAGAUCAGCCUAUGACCCGGACGAAAUUGAAGAAGAACAGCGGGAGCGGGAGAGGAAGAACAAGAUUAACAUGGAUUUUCAGAGUUUUGCGAACCGGGUUAAUGAUCUGUGGCAACAACCCCAGUUCAGAGGUCUGGAUCUCGAGUUCGAUCAACCUUUGAAAGAGCUCGGUUUCCAUGGCGUCCCGCACAAGGCUUCUGCUUUUAUCAUCCCAAGCUCCAGCUGCCUCGUUGAGCUCAUAGAAUACCCGUUCCUUGUGGUCACGCUGGGUGAGAUCGAGAUUGUGAAUCUCGAGAGAGUCGGGUUCGGGCAGAAGAACUUUGAUAUGGCCAUCGUCUUCAAGGACUUCAAGAAAGAUGUUCUCAGGAUCGACUCGAUCCCGACAAGCUCUCUCGACGGGAUAAAGGAGUGGCUUGACACGACAGAUAUUAAGUACUACGAGAGCAAGCUGAAUCUGAACUGGCGACAGAUUCUGAAGACGAUCACUGAUGACCCGCAAAGCUUCAUAGACGACGGGGGAUGGGAGUUCCUGAACUUGGACGCCAGUGAUUCGGAGUCCGACAACUCAGCAGAGUCGGACAAAGGGUAUGAGCCGUCGGAUGUGGAGGUGGAGUCGGACUCAGAGGACGAGGCUUCGGACAGCGAGUCGCUUGUGGAGUCGGAGGACGAGGAAGAGGAGGACUCGGAGGAAGAUUCGGAGGAAGAGAAGGGAAAGACAUGGGAAGAGCUGGAAAGGGAAGCGAGCAAUGCAGAUAGAGAGCAAGGGGAUGAAUCCGACAGCGAGGAAGAACGUAAGAGGAGGAAGAUGAAAGCUUUCGGGAAGUCCCGAGCCGGACCCAGCGGAGGAAUACCUAAACGCAGCAAGCUGAGGUAAGAGAUUAGUGUUUAGUUUGUCUGAGUUUUUACUAGGGUUUAAUCUAUCUAAGAAGCUCUAUUAGAUUUUGGAUAGAUUAUUAGAUCCCCCCCCUCUGUUAUAUCUUUUGGUAUGAAGUACGAACUGAUGAUGUAUGAAAUCUGUCGGUGGUUUCCACACUUUAUAUUCUCAGAAUCGGUUCGGAUUCCUUCGUUUCAGAUCUCUCAGUUUUGUGGACAUGUACGAUGAUGUGUGUAGUCGUAUUGUUGUUCUUUACACCAAAGAGUGAAGGUGAAUCUCAA